GGAGACAGCCGCGUGCCGGGCGAGGCGGGGCGCCGUCGCGGCUCUCGGCUCCCGGCCGAAAGGGGCGAAGCCGGCGGGCAGCGCGAUGGAUCCGCUGUGGAGGGCCGUUCUCUCGGAGAGCCUCCUCGGUAGGUGGCGGCGGGGGGGGCGGCUAACGGUUCGUCGGAGCUGGGGAGGACGGCGCCCGUCCCGUGCCUCAAGCGAGAAGGGGCGGCGAUCGCACCGGGGCCGCUGGAGCCGUCGCCCCGAGGUCCGUGUGCCGCACGCAGUCUGGCGGCGGCCGCCCGACCUCCUCGUCCUCUGCCGCGCGCGCCCCUCCGUACGGCCACGGCACUUCUGCUGGCGGCUCUCGGGUCGGUGCGGCGGCUCGCCGUUUGCACGGGUGUUGCGGAGCCCGCCCGGAGCGGCAGCGCUGAGCGGUCGGCGGAGCUCUGCCCCUGUGGCUGGCGGCGGGCCGGGCGCACCUCCUACACAGCGUAGGGAAAGUCGCAGCGCGGUGCCGUGCGGAGCCAAUGAGCCCUCAGGUUGGGGGUCGGCGCCCAGCCUGUGCGCGGGGUGGGAUGUGUCAGAACGCCGAUCAGCCUCCGGCCCGCCACUGAGGAGCCCCGGAUCGUAGAGGGUUACUUAUUGGGGUGUUUGUUCCCUCAUAACGUCACCCUUUACCUUCCCUGGGCUGGGCGAUCCUCGCUCGUGGCCGAAGCAGCGGCUGCUGCCGUCGCAGAGGACAGGAGCUGUUUUCUCUUCAUCCUCUUUCCUGGGAAGAUGCGUUCGUUUAACUUGAAAUGGCAAAUGCUUCUGUAAAGAAAUGCUUUCUUUGAAGGCUACAUUUCUUGGUCUCUCUACCACGCCCUGCCACCAAUGAUUUAUUACUUCCCUCUGCAGACACUGGCACUUACUGGUUUAGAAGUUUUUGCAGUUGCCUUCUUGUCUCCAGUAUUCCUGAUAGUUGCUCCCUGUUGGAGGCUGGCUAACAAUAAGUACAUCCUUGCCCUUCUGAGACUGACUGUGGUUGGGAGCUUAGCGUCAUACCAGGCUCCAAAUGCUUCCAUUAGACUGUUCAUCUUGGCUGCUGGUGUUUCGUCCUCAUUGCUGGUUCAAACAGUAACAUUGUGGUCAGGAAACAGUUUACAAAGGUUCAUCAGGAUAUGGGGCUUCAUUCUAGGCAAGAUGAUGCUCCUUGUUCUUCGAAUCUGGUAUACAUCACUGAACCCAGUGUGGAGCUCACAAGCUGCCAAUACUGUCGUGCUGAUAAUUGGUUUAGUAGCAGCAGCGGAGAGAAUUUAUUCAGUUGAAGACGAGAGGAAACAAGGAGCAAACGCCACUGGUAAUACAGUCAGGAAGGCUGUCUCGCAGCCUAAUUGGCUUUUGUCAGGAAUGGCUUUUGGCAGCCUCAUGUUCCUCACCGUUUGGAUAUUUGGGGAGGUCUCGCUAAUUUCUAGAUGGGCAGUAAGUGGACAUCCACAUACGGGUCCAGAUCCUAAUCCGUAUGGUGGUACAGUUCUGUUGGGUCUGGCGCAUGGACUGAUGCUUUCAUUUUGGAGUUGGUCCUCUGUUGCCAGUUUUGCCUGGUUUCUAAUAGGUAUAGCAUCUUCAGCUGGUCUCCUUUACUUACACACCUGGAGUGCUGCUGUUGCAGGCAAUAUUCUUGCUGUCUUUACUAUGUGUGUGUGGCCCCAACUGGCUGGACGCUUUGUUGGUUGUCUGCAUCCUGGAAAAGCCAUGAGUACAGCCAUGUUCACCUACGUUCUUGAAUUAUUCUUCUGUGUAUGGUGUACAGCUUAUAAAUUUGUACCUGGAGGAGUUUACGCUAGAGAAAGCUCCCAUCUUCUUUUAGGGUUUAUUAUGUUAUGCAUUGGGCUAGGCUUCCUAACGGGAUCCAAGAAAGACCUGAACUCCAUCUUUGAAGUGAAAAGCGACCAAAAGCCAUUUUUUAAAAAGAGUACAGAAUACAUUAAGCUAUUGUUGUGGCUGUUUGUUGGUGUUGGCUUGCUAGGAUUGGGUCUACGUUAUAGAACUUAUGAGAAGAAGUUGGGCCGAGGGGUUCCAAAAAGAGAUUUCUCUGCUAUGAUCUGGCCGUUUAGAUUUGCAUAUGACAAUGAAGGGUGGUCCAAUUUGGAAGGAUCUGCUACUUUACUUAAUCAGACAGGUGCAGAUUUUAUCACUGUUCUGGAAAGCGAUGCCUCUAAACCAUUCAUUGGGAACAAUGAUCCAACAAUGUGGCUAGGAGAAAGACUAGGAUUUUACACAGAUUUUGGUCCAAGUACGAGAGAUCACACCUGGGGGAUUAUGGCACUGUCAAGAUAUCCAAUUGUAAAAUCUACCCAUCACCUUCUCCCUUCUCCAGAGGGAGAAAUUGCACCUGCCAUCUCUAUGACUGUCAACUUCACGGGGAGACUGAUUGAUUUUGUUGUUGCUCACUUCGGAAAUGAAGAAGAGGACUUGGACAGAAAACUUCAGGCUAUAGCUGUUUCAAAGUUGUUGAAGACAAGCUCUAAGCAAGUUGUAUUUCUAGGAUACGUCACUUCAGCUCCUGGAUCCAGAGAUUAUACUGAAUUAAUAGAAAAUGGAAAUGUCCAGGAUAUUGACAGUACAGAUCGUGACAGGUGGUGUAGCUAUAUUAUGUAUCGUGGAGUAAUAAGGUUGGGCUAUGCCCGCAUAUCUCACGCUGGUUUAAGUGACUCAGAAGUCCAAAUGGCCAAAUUUAGAAUCCCAGAUGACUUAGAUAACUAUGUUGACAAUGACAGAAUUGUCACUGAUCCCAGCCAAGUUCCUGAGGAUGUCCAUUUCAAUCCCAGGUUUGGAUCUUAUAAAGAUGGACAUAAUUAUGAUGAGAGUAUUCAUCACUUUCAUAUGAGCACCCCUAAAUAUUUUAAGCAAACAAAUUAGAACAAGAAAAUAAUGUAUCACGGGGAGCAACAAGAAAGGUUUGUUGUUUGAAACUGAACUGGCAGCCGAAAAGAAUACACUGCUUAAGGAUGAGGAGUUCCUGUGCUGUAUAACACUGUGAACAUCUGUGUAGUAGUUGGCGACUCUUUGAUUUGUCAUUGCUGUGAGAGAGAAGUUGCAUAUAUUUUGAUAAACUGGAAUCCUCUUGAGCCAAGUAUCUGUUUUUUAUGCAUGAAAGCAAAAAUGGGAUCUUGCUUUGGCAAUAAUUUACUCAAUUUUAUUAAACAUAUCAUAUGUUGUACUGUU